CGUGAAACUUUCAUGAGCAGGAAGGCUGGGAGUACUGUUCCCUCUGGGUCACCACUGCAGUCAGAGCUAUGGACGCAGCCGAGGACGGUUUGAAAUGUCCCGUCUGCCAGGAUUUCUUCACAGAGCCCGUGACACUCGAGUGUGGACACGACUUCUGCCUGACCUGCAUUCAGGAGGUCUGGGAAACAGACCCCCCUUCUAAGGGCCCUUUCUUCUGCCCAGAGUGUCAGAUUUUCUUCACCAGCGAGCCCACUCUGGAGGUGAAUCCUGUCCUCCGGUCCAAAGUGAAGGGCGUGGCUGCAGCCGCAGAGGAGCAGACGGUCUGGUGUGAUCACUGCUUGGAGAAGCCGUCGGUGGCUGUGAGGACCUGUCUGACCUGUGAUGCCUCGGUGUGCCAGGCUCACGCCCUUCAGCACCGGCAGAAGUCUGCUCUGAGGGAGCACACUCUGGUGGAUGUAACCAGCGAUCCAUUCUCGCUGAAGUGCAGGGAGCACCGGGACCAACUGAAGCUCUUCUGCGUGGAGGAAAUGGUUCCUGUGUGCUGUUUGUGUGUUUUGGUCGGUGUGCACAAACACCACAAGGCCUCUCAGCUCCACGAAGCCAGUGCAGACCUAAAAAAGAUGUUGGAGACAAACAUGAGCCAGCUGCUAAAGAGGAGGGGCGAAGCUGAGCACGCCAUCAAGGCGUUGGAGUCACUGUACACACAAACUGUGGUACCGUCAUGGUUACAUCCUUCCUUUUUAGCUGCUGAAACAUUCUCCGUUGAACAUUUUGUGCUCCAUGUUUUCCAGAAGUUUGCAGCAGACUUCAGGGAAAGAAUUUCCGACAAAUACAGCAGGAUCCGAUUUGUCCUGGAUGCAGACGAACGCCUGAUGAUGCAGAUCAUCGAAGCAGAGGAGACGUACAUGACAGACUGGCUGGAGUCCCAGAGGAGCAUCAUGGAAACUCAGAUUCAAGAGAUUGACAGUUUAAGAACCAGAAGCAAAUUACUUCUUCAGCAAACAAACGAUCUCAAAUUCCUACAGCAAAUCACAGCGCAGAAACUUUGCCAUCCUGUGGAUUUCUCACCGAUCCAGACCGUCGAUGUGGACCUGUGUGAGCCUGAGAAGCUGAGAACAGUCGAGAGGCUGGUGGAUGACCUUUCUGUGGCUCUGUCCCAACACUUUCCACGAAUGUGGUCCUAUCUGAGUUCGCCUGCUCUGGACUCUAAAACGGCCCACCCAAAUCUGGAAAUAUCCAAGGACAAUAGACAAGUGUUCUGGAGGCGCCAGCCGGUCAGUGGAGAACCAGGCCCUCGUCCUUACGACUCCCAGUACAGUGUCUUGGCUCUGGAGAGCUUUACCAGUGGACAGCACUACUGGGAAGUCAUUGUCCAGGACAAACCCUACUGGAUGGUGGGGGUCACCACCACAUCGGCGGAUGGAAACGCCAGUUUGACUCCGGGUUCUUCCUGUUUGGGUGUGGACAACACCUCCUGGUGCAUCUACCAUGGAGAAGGACAGUACCUGGCAUGUCAUGACACGCAAGAAAAACGGCUUUCAGUGACAAAGCGAGUGAGAAAGUUAGGCAUCAUGGCAAAUAUCCAGAAGGGGGAGCUGUCCUUCUAUGAUGCCGAUGCCAUAACCCUGCUUCAUUCUUUCUACAUCCAGACCACAGAGCCUCUCUACCCCAUGUUCAACCCCUGCAUCGACAUCAACGGACUGAACAAGCAGCCGCUUUCUUUGUUUUGGAUUAAAGAUUCCUGGAACUGGCAAGGAGGUGAUGGGGGGAAAUGAAUUUGGAGACCAAAAUGUAGUUUGGACCACAGAUUUGCUGUAUUUGCUUUGUGCUGAUUAUUUGCUCUGACAUCUUGUGUCAGAUGUCCUUAAGAAAAAUGAUCAUUCUGUCGCACAGCCGUCCUGGACCACAGGGAACAGACGGAUUUCACCAUUUCUCUUUCUCUCUGCAGCUUUGGCCGAAAAUCUGAUCCCCGCCACAAACUCAAAAACUCACGCAAUUAUGAAUUUCGGCCAUGGCGAACGACCGCCCCCAAAAAAUGAUGACAUCACAGAGGGAGAAACCACAAAAGACAUGAACGAGGCCCAAAUGUCUUAUGGGGCUCAAAAAUGUAUUUCAUAAUCUACCAACAAAAGCAAAACACACGUGUUGAGGAUGUCCAAAGGUAGUUUUGAAAGCAUUAUGGGAUGGCUCCCUGUGGCUUGGUGGUCCUUUUGUGGCAAAGUGUGAAAUUAUGUGAUUUUCCCACAACAUUGAAAAACUUUUGUGUAUGAACUUUGACACAUAUGUUAAAAGAUUAAAUCUAUAAUGACCACCAAAGUUUCGUUGACCUUUGACCUGGCAGAAAGAGUUCAACACAAAGCCUUUGUUGCAAAUUUUUCUGACUCAUCUACAAAAUUACGUCUUUAAGGGAAAACUUGACGCCCCCCCCCCAACAUACUCAAAAACUCACCAAAAUUUGCAAGAACCUAGUAGCUACCCGACGAAAAUGAAUUUUGGGCAUGGUGAAUAACACACACACACACAGAUGACAUCACACCAGGAAAAGCCCUCAAAAAAAUGUAACAAAGUGACAUAACAUAAUAGAAAAUCUCUGUUGCUAAGGAAACCCAAAAGUUUACUUCUGCUGAUUCUUCUAAAAAUGUCAUGGACUUGUUAGCCACUGCCAGGGGGCAACACAUUACAUGGUUGCUAUAGAGAUGAAACCCAAAGAAAAGCCGUCAUUUUUGGGGAGAAAGAGUUUUUUUUUUCCAUCAAUUUGUUCUGUGCAGCUCUGAACAGGCUGGCAGAGCCAGAGGCACAGUAAGGUUUCUAUGUAGGCCAUGAGGACACGGGCGUGUAGCGGGCGCUCAGCAAGUGAGUCCGGGUCAAAGGCGGCACCAGUGGGCCACACAAUUCAUUUGGGUUUUGGUUGACAAAUAAUAAAGGAACACGCCAAGGGUUUUGGGAUCCUGACAGCCGAGUUCAUUAGUUUAAAUGCAGAGUCACUUCUGCGUGACCUUUGGAGUGUAAAUAUUUUAUUAGCGGUAUCUGAUCCACCCUCAACCCACACUUUUGUCCUGAGCUAAAGACUUUUGUACUGUUUAGUGUUGUCCACCUGGAUGAUGACAACCUCCAGAGACAUUUCCAAAGGACUUUUGUAAAGCGGCUGCUUGUGUUUGUGUGCAGCCAUCCCAGCCUCUGAAGGCCAGAGCCUUCGGGCUCACGUCAGCGGCCGCUGAUGCUCAGUGGCAAACUCGCACUAUACGGGGUCAAAUAACACAAGAUCUACGGAAAGCCAGGAGGAGGUUAUUGUUCUCGGAUUUACAUGAAUAUUUAAACUAAAAUAUUAAUUUCUGGUGUCUGCUCAGUCUGAACAUUUUCUUGAGAAAAAAAAACAAAAACGGAGUUCUUUCUGAAUGUUUGAAGGCCUCACAUGCUAAACGGGGAUUAUGCCAAACAAGGUUACACAAGUGGCUCACGUAAUGUCAAUAGUUCUCUUCCCAUCUAAAUCAGGAGGUUGUCAACACAUUUGUGUGUUUAUUGAUUACACAUAUAAAACAAAAUGACAAAGGAAUAAAAAACAUGAUUUCUCUGUAAGUUAGAGUAGUUUUCUUUAUUGAGUCGUUUCCUUCUUCACAUCUGUAUUGUUUCAUGCGUAAAUCUUGUUUUGUGUGCAUUUACAUUAAGGCACUUAUGGAGCAUUGACAGGAACAAGCUAAUGAAAUGUACUACAACAAAGAUGUUCCACUGAUAGAUUUAGACCUUUAAACAAAAAUAUCAGAGACUCCAACA